GAAGUGUCUGGCGAGGCGCGGCACAUCACGUCUCUUCCUCCGCCCGCCGCUGCUCGCCGGCCUCCCUUUGGCGCCCCAUGCUGGUGAGCCUCGCUGCGCUACUCUCCUUCCUCGCCCCUCGCCUCACUCCACUCGCCAUCAUGGUCCGCGAACGUACUUUUAUCGCCGUGAAGCCCGAUGGUGUGCAGCGAGGACUCACCGGUGAAAUCAUCAAGCGUUUCGAGGCUAAGGGAUUCAAGCUGGUCGGCAUGAAAUUUAUGCAGGCCACCGAAGACCACCUGAAGAAGCAUUAUGCCGACCUGGCCGACAAGCCUUUCUAUGCUGGCCUUUGCAAAUACAUGUCAUCUGGACCACUCGUCGCCAUGUGCUGGGAGGGCACUGGUGUUGUGAAGACCGCCCGGACCAUGAUGGGAGAGACCAGGCCUGCUGACUCCAAGCCCGGCACUAUUCGUGGCGAUUUCUGUAUUGAGGUUGGAAGGAAUAUCAUCCAUGGUUCAGAUUCUGUAGAAUCUGCCAACAAGGAGGUGGCUCUGUGGUUCAAGCCAGAGGAACUCUUCAGCUGGACCCAGUCCAACGAGACCUGGAUUUAUGAGUAAGGGGCACUGUGACUAGUGGGGAGGGGCAGUGAAGUUACUGGUUCUCAGAGGUGAUGUGUGGUGGCUGCCAUUGGUGUGCUGUUGCCAGACAACCUUCUGCUAGGGCCAGCUUCUACACCCUCUAGCUUGGGCUUUAUUUGUUUAAUAAAAGUCAUGGACUAUA